UACAACUACCAACGAAGAAGAACUGGCGCAAUGAUUCAGGAAGUAACUCGCACAGAAAUAGUAGUGAUUAUUACUCCCAUUACGCGUAUGACUACGACCACAACUAUAUGGUAUGUAAUUCAUACGUUAGUUUAAUAUUGUUUUUUUUAAAGAUAUUGUUUACAUUGAUGUUUUGUUGUGACGACCGGAACGAAGUAAAAGAGAUCCCACCAGACGACUGUGAAAAUUACGCAAGCCUCUCUAUUUACGCAAAUGGCGUAAGAGUUACGCCUCUUGUUUAGUUUUUUUUAACUUAGCAACCGUAAUCAACCAUGCCGAUCCAGUUUGUCUAUGGGAACCAGGACUUUGUUAAAGAUGUGUAUGCCAAUAUUGGUAAUACAUCCCGCAUGGUAUCGGCAUCAAGGUUUGAUGCAGCUGUCCAAGCUGGCUGGGCAGACAGGAUGGCGAGGGGGUUGUUCCGCUACCAUUUAGGGGACUUGCAAACACGUCUCCUGCCUGGUUCAUGUGGUUUUGUGGCCCAGUUGAAUGUCGAGAGAGGAACUGAAAGAAGAAAGCCACAGAAGAUACUCAGUAUUCAGCAGGAGUUCAACGCCAAACAGUUUAAUUUCAACAUGAUCAAUCAGGAUGAGAUCAUAUUUGAGAUGAUGAAGGCGUCUGAAGAAGGACAUGGAAGUAAUCAUCAACCUCGCAAGACAGUUGUGUUGGUCAAUGUCAGUCCUUUGGAGUUUGGACAUUGUCUUUUUGUCCCUGAUCCGUCACGCUGCUAUCCUCAGGUGCUCACAAAGUCGGCCAUUCAAGUCGGCGUUGAAUCUGUCCUGCUGAGCUCUGACCCAGGCUUUCGUGUGGGCUUCAACAGUCUCGGGGCUUUUGCAUCCGUCAAUCAUUUACACCUCCAUGGAUAUUACCUGAAACACAAGCUCAAUAUCGAAUCGAUGCCAGUCAGGCCAAUUCUUCCUGAAAUCGGAUUUUACACUUUAAUGGGAUUUCCUGCAGGUUUUUUGUUCUACACCGAAUCAGGGGGCGUGGAUGACGUCGCAACCGCCAUCUGUCGUGUCACCGACUUCCUGGUGGAGGCCAAUGUUGCUCAUAACCUGUUCAUGACCAGGGGCUGUCCGCCUUGUGGUCUGACUCAGAGCGAAAGAGACGACAACUUAUUGAGGAAAGGUGUGCGGAUUGCUGUUUGGCCCAGAGUAGCCUGCUUCGGUACCAAGGAAGAGUCUGCAUUGAACAUUGCUCUCUGUGAGCUUGCUGGACAUCUGCCAUUUAAGAACAAGAUGGACUAUGAGCACUCUACGGAAUCACAUGUAAUAGAAAACAUUCAACAAUAUCUUCUACCAGAUGAGGAUAUGCUUAAAUUAGAAAAGCAGCUUACUCAGCAUCUAGUAACACCGUAGUGUUAGGAUUAAAGCCUUGUGAACUGAUGUGCCUAUAAGAUAAAUAAAUGAAAUAAAUAUACACUUUUUUAAAGGGAUUUCACUCGUACUUGAACCCUAAAUAUGUGCAAUAAUAUUUUAAAUCUUGUUCAUCCCCCUGUGGUCGAAUAUGACCCUGCAACUUGACGAAAUGUGCCAGUAAUCAGGUGAAGAAAAGUCCCCAUUAAAUAUGUAAAAUAAUUGUUAUCAAAAUUCUGAUUAAUCCCCAAGGAAAAUAUCAUUUGCCCAAAUGGCGUCACCAAGGUAGCAAAGCCAACUCAAAGGAUGAGCAUGUUUUCUUGCUCACUCAUGAUGAGGUUCCUCAUUGUUGAAUGCACAACCGGCGCAGUGAUGUGUGACGGGUUUAUUUUACCUCAGCAUCCAUGUGCUGCCUUGACAACAACAUUCAAAGGCAUGUGGCUGAAAAACCAGGAAUUGUAGUUUGUGUUUGGCAUCUCGAGUUUGUUGUAAUGUACAAUGUGUGGUUUAUAUUUGCUAGCUAUUUUUCUACAGUCUCUCUUUUGUCUGUACUUAUUAGAAAAUGGUAGCAUUAAAAACAUAAGUUCAUUUUAAGACUAAAGACUUGGUAGAAUUGAAUAAGCUCUGUUUCUUGCCACUUGUUUUCAGACAUGUUGAAUUUUGUAAACGUGAUAAUUGGUAACAAUAGAUAGCUUAGGCAGUGACGAAAGUAUAGGACAAACAUUUAAUUUAAAAUAUACAAUACAAUAAAAACAUUAAAGGUAAAUUAAUUAAUACAUUCAGGAGUAAACUGUCAGAAAAGAGUGUAAAUGUAAAGUAAAUACAAGAUAUAGACUAACACCAGCAGUAACUUAAUAAAUAAUGAUAAAUGAAUGAAAUCAGGACAAAUUAUAUUCUUCUUCCAUAUACCUUGUAAAGUUUCUUAAACAUACUCCUAUUAGUAGAUUGAGUGCCUUGUUCAUUACUAGGGCUGCAACUAACAACUAAUUUGAUAAUCGAUUAAUCUGUCGAUUAUUACUUCGAUUAAUCGAUUAAUAACCGGAUAAAAGAGACAAACUACAUUUCUAUCCUUUCCAGUAUUUUAUUGGAGAAAAAAAAACAGCAUACUGGCACCAGGCAGGAGAUUACGGUCCAUCCAGACCCACACCUCCCGCCACCUGAACAGUUUUUUCCCCUCGGCCAUCAGACACAUGAGCAAUAACAAGAUCUGAUAGCUCAGUUACAGCUCAUGUUAUUGUAUUCUGUGUUAUAUGUGUUUUAUGUUGCACGAUUGCGCCAAGUAAAAUUCCUAGUUUGUGAACCCGUUCUCAAACAAUGGCAAUAAAAACU